AUGGGAAAUAGAGCUUUGUGUUAAGGUGAUAGAACUGAAUCAAUGUUAUAAGCAGAAUAAUAAAUUCGAUAAAGAAAAGUUACUCAAGUAAAUGAGGCAGUUAAAAUUGAUUUAGAAAAAGAUAAUAAAUAAUCAUUAAUUACUACCUCUUAUUAGAAUGAAUAAUUGUAGAGAUCAUGUCUUAAUGAUUGGUUAGAGACUCUGCAUGAAUCUGUAUUGAUAAGUCAAAUAAAUUUAAAUUGUGAUGCAUCAACUAAAUUUUUAUCUGAGGUAGAUGAAGAGGAAGAUAUUGAUCAAACUAAAUUAUCAUUUAUUGAUUCUAAAGAAAUUUAAGAAUAUAAAAAGAACUAUCCAUAUUGUAAUUCGAAUUUAGAUAUGGUAAUUAUAAAUUUCUACAUCUUAAAGAAACAUGAAUUCAAGUAAACAUAAUUCAUAAUCAAGGCUUAAGUUAUUGUAAGGGCCUCCUAAAUAAAGAAUAAGAUGGUCUUGUUGGUAAUUGAUGGCUUAUACUCCAAAGUUCCUUAUUUGUUCAGAUGGAUUAUCUUUUAUAGAUCAGGAUUAAAAAUAUGCUAAUGCAAUAAGAAAAGAUAUUCAUAGAACGGUAACAUCUAGUAAUAUUAAAUAUUUUGAAACUGGAGAAGGUUAAUAAGAUUUAGAGAAAGUUUUGUUAAAAUUAUCAAAGUUAUUUCCAAAACUUGGGUAUUGUUAAGGAAUGAACUUUCUAGUUGGGUUCACCUUAAUCAUUAAUAAUAAAUCAAUUGAUCAAAGCUUGUAAUUUUUAUCUUAAAUGAUGAUAAAUCCAAAAUUCAUGCUUUACUAUAUUUAUUCAGAUGAAAUGCCAUUAGUCAAACUUUUAGAAUUCAUAUGUAUUAAUGAAAUCAAAUUAAGAACUCCUGAUUUAUUCAAUCACAUUUUUAAUAAGUUAGAAGUUAACAAUGCUAUCUGGAUUACUAAAUUAAUUAUGACUCUCUUUCUAUAUAAUUUUCAUAUAAAUAAUGUAUGUAGAUUUUGGGAUUUUUUAUUGACAAAUUGUAUUUUUGAUAUUUCAGCCAUCAUUUGCUCUUUAAUUGAUAUUAAUAGAAAUCUAAUCUUAAAAAUGGAAGAUCUUCAUUAAUUUAUACAGUGGUUUGAUAAUUUCUAAUAAAUAGAAUUAGAUUAAUUCUAAAUGGAUUCACUAAUUAAAAAUUGCAAUUAAUUCAAAUAGAAAAAAAACAAAAUAAAUUAAUACGCUCUUCAUUUUUGCAUGUAACAUACCAUCAAGCAUCCUUUACAAUAAUAAAUAGCAGAAAAUUAUGAAAACUUAAAUAAAAUGAAAGAAUUCCUUAAAAAGGAUAUUUUUAGUUGUUGA